AUGCCUAAACAUCAUCAAAAAUGUACAAGAAAAAAUCGUCGAACAAUCAAAUCUGCAUCAAAAAGAAUAAAACCAUUGAAACAUUCAAAAAAUGAUCUGAAAUCAGUUAAAUUGUCAACAUUUUCAUCAUUACCGACGACUGAUAGGCAACAUCAACAACAAUGUGACACCUUGUCAUCGAAUUUAACAGUUAAUAAUAAACAAUUACAGCAUCAUUGUAAUUAUGAAUUAAGUAAUCUUUUGGCUAAAAAGCUUUAUUUAUCUGUAACAAAUAACCAGUCGCCUAGAAAGAAAUUCAAAUAUCAAAGUAUAUUUUCAAAAUGGACAUUGAAUCCGAUUGAUUUGUCAUUGGCUGAAAAAUCAACCAAUAAGAAAUUGGCAACAACUACAACGACAAAUCCAUCAAAUCAAUUGCAUAAAUUAAAACAUAAACGAUUCAGUGUUUCACAUAAACAUCAUCAUUAUAAGUUAACAAAAGCGAAGAAUGAAUUUCAGCAUACAGAUGAUACUGAUUAUUAUAUAAUUAAUUAUCGUCAACCAAAACUAUUGGAACAAUUGAAUGACGCAUGCAAUUUUAGUGAUACAAUUAUCACAGCGGGUGAAGUGAAUUCAGCUAAAAUAAAAAAUCCAACAAAUGCGAUAACAUAUGAAAAAGGAUCUCAGUGGACUAACAGUACAAAACCAUCUUCAACAGUUAGCAGCUCAAGUCAUGUGAAUAACUCGAUGGAAAGUUCAGUGGAAGUGAAGUGUACUCAUGAUGAGAAUAAAUUGGUAAAUUCAAAUGACAAUGAAGAUGCUACUAUUACUACAGAUAUUGCCACUACUAUUACUAGCACCAGUACUACUGAUAACGACAAGAAUAGUAGUAUCUCUAACACAACUCAAAGUCAACUUAAUAGUAAUGAAAUUAACAACGAUACGACAAUAAACAAUGUGACUGAUAAAACAUCAUUAUCUGAUGAAAAUGACAUAUGGAUGAUUUACGGUUUGUCUUUAAAAUAA